AGAAACAAAGUCUCUUCCUGUCGGGAACAUGGCGGCCUCAGGAGCCGGCUCUCCGGCUCGGCUGGUCCAGUACGUCGUGGUGCGGUCGGACCUGGUCCACGCGCUGUCGUGGCCCCUGGGGGCCGUGAUCACUCAGGCGUGUCACGCCGCCACCGCCGCGCUGCACGUGUUCCGCUCGGACCCGGACACGGCCCGGUACCUGGAGGAGCUGGACUCCAUGCACAAGGUGGUGCUGGGGGUUCCAGACGAGGCCGCCCUCACAGCUCUGUCAGAGACCCUGACUCAGGCCGGUGUUUCCCACAAGCUCUGGCUGGAGCAGCCGGAGAACUUCCCCACGUGUUUGGCUCUGAAGCCGUAUCCCAAAGAGACGGUGCAGCCGCUGCUGCGCAAGUUCAAGCUCUUCAAGUGAUGUCCGUUAAAAGACUCUUCAUCUCACUGCAGGCCUCAGAGGCUCCUCUUCAUCAAACCUGUUUACACAAUGACCUGAGAGCGUCACAUGGUUCCUCUGCAUGAGAACAGCUGUAAUCCACAGGAUUAAAAUAAGGGAAAAUGCUAAAUGUGUGAAACUGCAUCAAUUUGUUCAGAAUUUACAAACACAAAAUAUACCUUGUGUCUGUUGUAGCUUAUUGUGAUCAUGAUUUAUUAUUAAUGUGGCACAGCGCUUUAAUAAAUUGUGUUGACACGUACGUCACACACACAAAACUACCAUCUAAUAAAGUCUUAAAUCAAUGUCAA